AUGGCACCUAAAAGAGCUCGAGGAAGACCCUCUAAUAACCGAGAGAAUGAAGAAGGAAACCGAAACGCGAACCAGAACCUUGACAUAACACAACUUCUAGAAUUGGUACGCCAACAAACAGCCACUAUUGCCCAACAACAACAACUUCUUCAACAAAUGCAACCACCACAACCACCUCCAGGAAAUGUCACCACUUUCAAAACCUUCCAAUCCGUAAAACCCCCAGAAUUCAUAGGAACUCAAGAUCCGGUUGAAGCUCAUGCUUGGUUAAAAGAGAUGGAGAAGGCUUUUGCCUUGACAAAUGUUGGAGAUAAUCAUAAGGUGGAGUAUGCUGCUUAUUUUCUUAAAGGAGAAUCGAACUAUUGGUGGGAAACAGCAAAAGCUUUAGAACCCGAAGGAAUUAUUACUUGGGACAGAUUUAAGAGAAUGUUUUUGGAUAAGUACUUUCCUCGCUAUAUGCAAACACAAAUGGAGAUGAAGUUCUUUGAAUUGAAGCAAGAUAAUAUGACAGUUGGGGAGUAUGAAAAGAAGUUCACUGAACUAUCUAGAUUUAUGGGAGAGUAUGUUGAUUCUGAAGAGAAGAGAGCGAAGAGAUUUCAACAAGGACUAAAGCCGUGGUUGAGAAGUCGGGUGGCAGCUUUUGAAUUGACUACUUAUGCUGAAGUAGUUCAAAAAGCAAUGGUAAUUGAAGGCGAAAGUGAGCAGAAUCAGAAGGAGAAGGGCAACAAAAAGAGAAGAUUUGAGUCGGGUGAAGAAGGCUCAAGUUACAAGGGCCAGAAUUAG